AUGCACCCGCUGCUUGCGACGGACCAAACCAACUUGGCCGCACUCACGGCGGCAGCGCGCGAUGUGGCCAUGGACUUUCUCCAGCGCUUACCGAGCGAUGUGCCAGCCGCCCGCCCAACGCCGAUGUCCAGCGCCAGUGAGCUGCCCCCCAUCGACAGCAACCACGGCAUCGGUGCCGCCGCUGCGCUCCACCAAUUUGAAACGGCGUGGCUGCCUCGUCUCGCGGGCAGUGCGGGGCCACGGUACCUUGGUUUUGUCACUGGUGGCGCAACACCCGCGAGUGUGGUCGGCGACUGGCUCACGUCGGCCGUGGACCAGAAUCCGCAAAGUCACUGGGACUCGGACGCGCCCGAGCUCGAACGCAAGACCGUGCGGGCGCUAACCGACUGGUUUAACGUGCCGUCGCACGACGGGGCGUUUGUGACCGGUGCGACCAUGUCCAACUUUGUCGGACUCGCGAUUGCGCGCGAGUGGGUCGGCGAUCAGCACGGUGUCGAUAUUAGUCACGACGGGCUCUGCGGUCUCGGACGCAUCGCAAUCUACAGCGCGCGACCGCACUCGAGCAUCCACAAGGCCGCCUCGAUGCUCGGGCUCGGGCGCGCCGCCGUGACGUCCGUGCCAGUGCUGCCGCACCGCGAGGCUAUGGACGUCAGCGCGCUCGAAGUCCAGCUCGCGUUAGCACCCGAGACGGCGUCGAUCGUGGUCGCGACAUUGGGUACGGUCAACAGCGGCGACUUUGACGACAUCCCCGCGCUUUUGGCGCUGCGGGAAAAGUACACGUUUUGGCUCCACGUCGACGGAGCAUUUGGAGCCUUUGCCGCUCUCGACAAACGCUUGCAGCACCUCGUCGCGGGCCUCGACGGCGCCGACUCGAUCUGCAUCGACUGCCACAAGUGGCUCAACGUGCCCUACGACAGCGCGAUCCAGCUGACGCGACGCCGCGAUCUUCAAGUGCGCGUCUUCUCCAACGCCGCCGCGUCGUACCUCGGCGCGAUUGGUACGAACCCGAGCUUCGUGCACUUAACGCCGGAAAACUCGCGGCGCUGGCGAGCGCUCGCCGCGUGGUUUGCCAUCACGGCGUACGGUCGCGACGGCCACGCCGACAUUGUUGUGCGAAAUGUCGACGGCGCGCGCGCGCUUGGGGCGCGCAUCGAGACCGAGCUCGGGCACGUGCUCCGGCUCUUGGCGCCGGUCCGCCUCAAUAUUGUCUUGUUUACCUUUGUUAACGAGGCGGCGGCAAACGAAGCGAGUAUGCUCGACCUCCUCCAGCGCCUGCGCGACACGGGCGAGGCGUUCAUGACGCCAACGUGCUACGACGGCACGUGGGCGAUGCGCGCCGCGUUUAGCAAUUGGCAAACCACCGCCGCCGACGUCGACCGCGUCUUUGCCGCGCUCCGUCGCGUCGUCGACUAA